GCUCCCAAAGGGAGAUGCGUCCAGCAACCAGCCAAUCAAGCCUCAAAGAUGAAGUUUGCUCUGUUGUCCCUCCUCGCGCUCUGUGGCGUCGCCUACGUCAGGUCCGACGAACCUGCAACAUGUAGAUGUGCCCUGUUCGUUUCCUCUCCUCACAACGAAUACAUGGUCUACGAACUCGCGCCUGUGCCAAUCGACUCCUGUGAAAGCCACAAGCAGUGCAAGAACCGCUGCGUCACUGAGCUGAACCAAGACACAAGCAACUUAGAUCUUUGGGCUACGAUGGGCGAAGAUACAGUUGGUCAGGCAUUCUGUCACGAACUUUACCGUCAUUUCUUCUUCUGGAUCCACAACUCUUACGUCCACGGAUACUACGAGAUGUGCGGUGGUCCAUGGGAAUACACCGGAAUCGAUUCCCAGCAACCCCUCUGUUGCGAUAUGGGCCAGCAGGAACACUGCAUUGCCUAGACUGAGACACAACACCAAAUUUUAAGACCAACAUUUUAAUCAUGUGUAUUCCAAGUUAUACACCUCAUGUGUCACAGAAAAUAAAUUCAAAUGUUGUAAACGUCUAGCUGAAUAUAUUGUUCAAAAAGU